GACACUCCAACCAACGCUGAGCCAUCAGAGAUCUGGAAUCAACUGAGGGAUGCUCUAGAGAAUAUAUCCUUGCCAUUAGCGAUAGCAGAAGAGUUAGCACUCCAAAGUUGGAAUUUGACAACAGCCUGCUACACUGACUUGAAUCAACAACAGCAGUGUCAGUGUGAAAAUGAUUAUCGGUGGUCUUGUGAGAUCUGCGAAAGAUUUGGUGCUUGUAGUCAUGCCAGUAUGCAAAAUUGUGACUGCAUCAAUAAAAUUCCUUCAGAUGGACAGUAUUGUGAACUAAAUGUCACCACCACAUGUUCAACAACAUCACCACCACCAACAACAAACGCUACAUCAGCAACAUCAGCAACAUCAGCAACAGCAACAACAGCAACAACAGCAUCAUCAGCAACAUCUGCAACAUCAGCAACAUCAGCAACAUCAGCAACAUCUGCAACAUCAGCAACAUCAGCAACAUCAGCAACAUCAGCAACAUCAGCAACAGCAACAACAGCAACAACAGCAACAACAACACAAAAUUUAACUACAGCGACCCCCCCAACAAACAACAGGUCAUUAUCAUUCAUUAUGGAAAUUGACUUUGACAACUCAUACAACAACGAAAGUAACUUUGUUAACCAGAGGUGGUUACAGUCUAUUGAAAAUCAAGCUAUGAUCCAUAUUCCAGGGCUAAUAUCAGCGGAAUCUUUGGUCUUCAGUGCUGGUAGCACCAUUGCUGACUUUGAAAUUACGGCAAAUAUGACAAUUCAAGAUCCAGAUGUUGAGGCACUUCGCGCAGCAAUAUUCAAUGAUCUGAAGAAUACUUUUCCUAUAAGGUUUAAGAGCAGAAGGAAUUUGAAAUUUCAACCAAUUACUGUAUUCUCCGACGACGAAUUGAAUAUUACAUGUGGCCCACCACCAAACGAACUCCAGUUUCGUAUCACCUCAACCAAAUGGUCACUUAAUGGCGUUUCAAUAAUUGAAGACAUUCGACGCACAUUUUCACGAGCUAAUGGAGCAGAAACGCUUACGAUCACAAAUAUCACUUCUACUGACAAUGGGACGUAUGAAUGUCAACUGUUUGAUGGGAAUUCAAGUUACUGGCAGGUCUCUAAUGAAACAUUCCGUUUGGUUCCAGAAGACACGUGUGUUGGUGAUCCAGAAUUUGGAAAUGGAUCCUUAAACGACACGGGAACAGCUCCUUGUGAAGCAGGCGAAGUGGGAGUGAAGACUGCUGUUUGCAGGGAAAGUGGAGAAUGGGAAGAUCGAGAAGACAACUGCACUUCUUCUCUUGCAGAACUCCUCACUCAGUCUGAGAAUUUGGACAAUCAGACUUUGCCACAGUUCUUGGAGGCAUUACGCAUCACUAUUCUUGAACAAAGUGAACAAGUGGAUGGAUCUGUUGAAAACAUUACCGCCACUGUUAGAAUUCUCAACAAUGUUGCCACCUUUGUAACAACAGCUGAUAUCCCGAUAAGUCGGGAAUCUAUGGAGAAUGUCCUUCUCGUUACUGAUGUCCUCAUUAGAGAUGAGGCAAGAGAAUCAUGGGACAUGCUUAACUUUGAAACAGUCCAAGCGAGGGAAGAAACAAGAAUCACUCCCAGAAAUGAAAGCAUCAGCUCACUAUUUUUGUUUUCAGUUGAGGGUAUAACAAGUAGACUUAUCAAUGCCUCUUUUAACAUUACAACACCUUUGAUUCUCUUGAACAAAACUACGUUCACCGACAGUUUCAACGAGGAUUUUAAUUCUACAGUGGAGAUAGACAUAGACGGGUCCAAUGGAGCAACAAACCUCACCGUGAUAACUUUUGAAUCCUUGAAUAACGUACUACCUCCAAGAGAUGAGAACAACGCUUCAGGCAGGGUCAUCAAUGGGAGAGUUGUACUUGUUCAGUCUGACACCAUCGUCGACAAUAUCACUUUCACAUUUGACAUUGAAGAUGGUAAUCUGGGAAACCCUCAGUGUGUGUUCUGGAACUUUUCCCUCUUUGACGAUCUUGGGGGAUGGGAUGGGGAAGGCUGCGAGCUCAUUGAAAGAGAGGAUGAAACUGUCACAUGUCGGUGUGACCACCUGACCUCCUUUUCGAUACUAAUGUCUCCAGUUGAUCUAAACAGCCGUGUGUUGGAUUUCAUAACCUACAUUGGCGUCGGGAUUUCUAUGGCAUCCUUAGUUAUAUGCCUCUUCAUUGAGGCGUUUAUAUGGAAAAAAGUUCGAAAGAGCAGCACAUCACACUUGCGCCAUGUUUCCAUUGUUAACAUUGCAGUGUCUCUCCUGAUUGCAAACAUUUGGUUCAUUAUUGGUGCAACUAUCUCUGAAGGAGAUAAAAAGGAUCCGGAUGCAUGCACUGCUGCUACUUUUUUCAUCCAUUUCUUUUACUUGGCCCUCUUUUUCUGGAUGUUGGCAUCUGCCCUGUUGCUAUUGUACCGCACAGUCAGAGUCCUUGGUGGGGGAUUUUCGAAAAAUACUAUGUUAGCUAUUGGAUACUCUCUCGGUUAUGGCGCCCCACUGAUUAUCACCGUCAUUACUAUCGCUGUAACUGCACCGAGCAAUGCUUACAUACGAGAAAAUGUGAUCUGCUGGCUCAAUUGGAAUCAGUCGAAAGCACUGCUGGCAUUUGUGAUCCCGGCACUCAUCAUUGUGUUCAUAAACAUUCUAAUCCUAAUUGUAGUGAUAGUCAAAAUAUUGCAGAGUCGAGGGAUGUCAAGCACUCAACCAGAAGAGGAGAAGUAUGUCCUGGUGGUCAUUUUUCGGAGUAUAGCCGUUUUAACACCCUUUUUUGGAUUAACUUGGAGUCUUGGAGUUGGAAUCUUAAUUGACCCAAGUAAUCUCGGAAUCCACAUUGCCUUCGCCUUCUUCAAUUCCCUGCAGGGUUUCUUCAUAUUGGUUUUUGGAACCCUCUUAGACAGAAAGGUUCGGUCAGAAAUUUCCAUGUUCAGAUUCUCUAAGUCCCAAAGUUCUGGCAGUGGGACAAGGACCACGAGUGCUUCAUCAAGUGGAUGGCAGAUUUUUAGGAACAUUGGAAGAAGAGGUGGUAACGGUUUAUCUGAGUCGUCAUCGUAUUCGGCGAUCAACACUUGAUAUCCGCUGCCAACAUCUUUGCUCAGGCUGACCGAGCAACAAAGCGUGUGAAUGUUGAGCGAUAAGCUAUCACAUUAUUGCUUAAGUACUUUAAUAUGACUUUCUUGUUGUUGACCUUCUCUUCUUUAUACAUUUCUGAUAUACACAUACAUUUAGUAUUGUAGUGAAAAAGUUAAUUUUGCAAAGGGUUGUUUGUUCUGUCGAAUUUCUGAUUUUCCUUCACAGGUCAGUGAAUUUAGUUUUUUCUUGCAGGUGCAUUGCAAUGACAAAUGGUUUUGGAUUGUUAGUCAAAGUUAUUCUUGGUAUGCUAGUAGAUAUCACAGCAUGCAGGAGAUAGCAAUACACUUUGGGACAUCAGAGAAAUUAUUAAACAUUGUUUGCAUGGGCAGUUAUAGCAUUAAAAAAUGAUAAACUUGCACUACACCAUCACAAGACAUUUGAAGCACUUUACAAAUAUAUUUGUGUUGAAUUAGUAUAGUUAGUGUAAUUAGUGUUUAUGCUUUCUCCAAUAAUCAAAUGUAGGAAAAUAGCUACCUAUUUACGGGUCAGAUUUACAGUCAUAGUUACCAGAGUAUUGAUACUAAAAGCAAGUAUUUUACUCCUCACCGACUUUGAUUUGUCUCAAAAUUAAAAUGUAUGAUGUUCUGUAAUAAGCUGUACAGUCGUCCUCCCUGCUUUUCGCGGGAAUACAGACCAGACCUGCACACGGCUUGUGAAAAAUUAACAUUCAAUGAAUAUUUUCCACAAAAAUGGGAGGAAACGGGGGAAAACCCUCUGAUUAAAGUUAUCAUUUUUUAAUAUUACAUAAAAUAAAUAAAUCUGUAAGUGCCGAGCCGCAAAUAUAUGUGUCAACUGUACUGCAUAUAACUCACAAAAAGUUAGGAAUUUAAUUUUUUUAUGCUUUUGAAAUUUUAGGAUCAAUCUAAAAUACCUUUACAGGUCAUUUUAAUUUGAUUUUCUCUACUCUUUGUAACUGCUGGACAUUCAAAAGUUGAGAGGUCAGAAUCAGUGGAAUAUAAACUAUUGUGUAACUUAGGUUUAUCCUGAAAUUUCACCCGACAACCGAUUAUUCUUUUAUGUAUUUAUGAAUUUAGAUAUUCUAAUUGCACGAAGUAUAUAUUCUUACACUGUUUUUAAAAGGCAUCACUUGCAACACACUUUUGCACAUGUUUGAGUAUUUUCCUUGUAUCUUAGCUGUUGUGUGUUUUUAAUAUACCUGCGUUAGAGGAACUAUAUUGCUAUGCAGUUUUGUUCCACGGUUAAAUGUUUAAACUUGAUUAAUUUAAGACAUUGACAUGAUGCAUAAUGAUGUACGUUUUAGUGUGUGUAUUAAAUAUUAAACCCAAUAAUAAAUCAUGCUUGGAAAUUGCCUUUGUCUUUGAGAGAAUCUCACUUUGCUAAAUUGUGUGUAACACGCAUUAGGCACAUUUAGUAUACUUAUUUUCGUUAAAUUAAUUCAAUAAAUGUAGGCGUCUGAAGAUGGCGCCUUUGAGUUAAGAACCUAAUUUUGUUAAUUUUACCCUGUAAUAUGUAUUUUGAUACAUUUGUUUGUCAUUUUUACAUUAUUGUCAUUUACAAUUUAAAUAUGUUGUCAUUUAUUGCUAUGAUGACCUGUUGUUGACUGUUUUCAGCAUUUGUGGCUAUGGGAUUCAUUGAAAAAGAAUAUUUGUGCUUGUUGGCAUUCUCAACAUUUUUAUUUGAACAGGAAAUAUGCCUAUUUUGCUAUUUCAAUGUUCAAACCAUUUUAGUGGGUUGAAAAAGAAAAUCAUGGAAAGGUAUAGCAAUAUUAAUGGUCAUCAAUAUCAAUUUGUAAUAUAUGUGUUAAAAAAAAUGAAGUGAAAAUUAAAGUCAGUUAAGUGAA